AUGAGCGGCGGGGCCGGGCCGGGCCGGGCGCGCGAGUGGGGCGGGGCCUCCGGGGUGGGCGGGGCGUCCCCCUCCGCCAGCCCUGCCAGGGAGGCCGUUCCGACCCCUCCCCCGCCGCAGCUCCCCGCCGCCUUCGCCGCCGCCUACGGCCCCUCCCUGGCCGCCCACGGCAAGCAGCUCGUCCGCGGGAGCAUCGACCGCUUCGUGCCCCUGAGCAAGCUGAAGUGCUACUUCGCCGUGGACACCCUCUACGUGGGCAGGAAGCUGGGCCUGCUGCUCUUCCCCUUCCUGCACCAGGACUGGCAGGUCCACUACCAGCAGGACACCCCCGUGGCUCCCCGCUUUGACGUCAAUGCCCCGGACCUCUACAUUCCAGUGAUGGCCUUCCUCACCUACAUCCUGGUGGCAGGGCUGGCCCUGGGGACGCAGGACAGAUUCUCCCCCGACCUGCUGGGCUUGCAAGCCAGCUCGGCCCUGGCCUGGCUCAUUGUGGAAGUCCUGGCCAUUCUCCUGAGCCUCUACCUCGUGACGGUCAACACGGAUUUAACCACCAUCGAUUUGGUCGCCUUCUCAGGGUACAAAUAUGUGGGGAUGAUUGUGGGCCUUGUGGCUGGCCUGCUUUUUGGGAAAAUGGGCUACUUCUUGCUGCUGAGCUGGUGCUGCCUCUCCAUCUUUGUCUUCACGAUUCGGACUCUGCGCCUGAAGAUCCUGUCGGAGGCAGUGGCAGAAGGGGUGUUGGUGCGGGGGGCCAAGAACCAGCUGCGCAUGUACCUGACCAUGGCUGUGGCCGGCCUGCAGCCGAUUUUCAUGUACUGGCUCACUUUCCACCUUGUUCGCUGAUGGUCCAGCUGAGGCUGGGCAGCUCCAGCUAGGAGGCAGGUGUCUCUGGACAUCGACAGGGCAGCCCCUCUCCAACUCGGCCCAAAGCACAUGGGGGGGGGGCAGCAGCCUGCUGGGGGGCAUGGUGAGUGGAUGCCCUGCACUGUGACUGUCCGGCUCUCCCCCGUCACUCUGCGUGGACCCCUCAGUGGCCUGUGAGCCUGGCUGGAACAUGUCUCCUGGCAUCUGUUUACAUUCUUGCUAGUUUGUGUGUCAGUAUUACUGUGGCAGAGAUCCUGCCCCACCCCUUCAGGGGCUCGCUUUUCUGUUUCAAUGCUGCCAGGUGGGUGGCUUGUGUCCCAACAUGGAGCAAAUAAAGAGCAACCCCCUGCCCCAGGGGGGCUGGCA